AUGGAGGUGUCAGGAAGGCGAACUUCGUCGACGCUACCUCCCGCGCGGAGGGGCACCACUAUCUCGUGGUUGGAGAAUAGGGAAAGAGACUUGUUACGUAUACGCUUACAAAGUGCCUCUCUUAAUCGACAGAAUUCAAAAAAAGAUGAGCGUGCAAAAUCGAAUCGAACGAAAGCAACAAGAUUGGAAGAUGAAAUGAACAACGAUCAUUUACAGAAGCUCCAGAUGAUAUUUGAGGAAGCUGAUGAAGAUGGCGGUGGUGGUCUGGACAUCGACGAGUUCCGCCAGGCAAUGAAAAGAACCAUGGGAGCUGGUCAGGUUGACGAUCGUCAGUUAGCAAUUGUGUUUAUGAAAGUUGACGCCAAUUGUGACGGAACCGUAGAUUGGGACGAAUACUUGUCGUAUAUGCUGCUGGAAUACCAAGAACGUGCGCUGAUGAAUACUCUUUGCAAAGAUAUACCAUUCUCCAAACCGGUUAAAGAUAUUCCAAGCAACCAUCAUGAAAUGCUAACAGGUAUCGCGUUUCUGCCAACGAUAAUUCAUCGCCAUGGCAGCGUCGCUGAUGAAUCUGAGCACUCAGUAGGGAGGUACAUCUCAGUCAGUAAAGAAGGCACUGUCAAUUUCUGGUCACUCGAUUUGGCCAAUUUAAAGUCUGUGUCGUUGGAACAACCACGUGACAAAGUCAGUCCCAUGUGGAUAACGGACAUGGUGUGUAUGCCCAAUAUCAACAUGAUAGCACUAUCCUCUACAGAGCGGGAUAUUUGUUUUUAUGACGUCAACGCCAAUAAAUUUGAUAAAGUCUUCCAAGUAACUGGUAUAUCUCAUUGCGCGAUGUCAAUGGAUUACUGGUACGACACACAUAACAUGAACCAUGCUGUGCUGGCAUUCGGUGACUCUGGUGGUAACGUUUCAGUUAUCGUGUUUAAAGAGGCAUUGGGUUCAGCUCUGUUUGGUGCGCAGAAUGCGAAAGGGGUUGGUUCACGGAGAGUUCCAUUCCCUCAGUUAUUGAAAGGACAGGUGAAGGGAAUAAGGGCCCUCAGAUAUCGGAAAGUACAUGAGGAUUGGGUGAGAAAGGUCAGAUACUGUCAUAACCUGCAUUCCGUUGUGUCAUGCGCUACAACUACGGAUGCCUCACUGUUUAUUGGCGAUGUCGAGAGAAAGAGAGUCGGCGGAAUAUUUCGAAUUCGUAAAGGACUUCCGUGUUUUGAAUAUUCCAACGAACACAAUGUAAUCGUAACUGGUGGGAUGGACCGGACAGUCAGAAUAUGGAACCCUUAUGUGAAUACUAAAGCAACAGCGGUAUUGAAGGGACAUAACACAGCAGUGAUGCAUAUCGAGAUGAACAGCUUCAACGGGCAUAUCAUCAGCGUGGCCAAAGAUAAGCAAAUUAAAGUGUGGGAUAUUCGAGAUCAGUCCUGUCUACAAACGAUUGCUGGUAGAAACGUGCACAUUGGACCACAUCACAUCAACACAGUGUGUUAUAAUGCCCGUACAGGGACUCUUAUUAUAGGAACGAAUACGUUGUCGGUGUUUGAGCGAAAGGCCGAAGAGGGCGAAGACGGAGCUGAGCCAACGUCUCACAACAACACUGUGACGAUUGCGUUAUAUAAUAGCCUAUUCAACCAGGUAGUGAGUGCGUGCGUAGAUUCCAUAGUCAGUGUAUGGGACCUUGAUAACGGUACUAAAACUAUCCAGUUCAGUGCCCAUAGAUGCCAAGAAAGGGGGGUAGAAAAAAGUGUUGAAAUCACAACGAUGACGUUUGACCCCAGCUGCCGGCGCCUCAUAACCGGUGCAAGAAAUGGCACUUUGAAAAUUUGGAAUUUCAACAAUGGUGCGUGUCUCCGUGAGCUUCAGAUCUCUGAUCCAUAUGAGCUUACUGGUAUCAUAUGCUCGAAGCAUCGUAUCAUUACCACUGGAUGGAACCGACGAAUCACAACCUAUAUUGAUUCAGAAGACGAGAACGUUGGCCGGCAGUGGCCAAUUCGACACAACGACGACGUUCUCUCGCUUUCAUAUUACGCACCAAAUCAUAUUGCGACCUCUUCGUAUGAUGGUGAUAUCAUAACGUGGUCCUUGGAAACUGGACAUAUGCUGACUCGCAUGAACGCAACGGAAAGUGUCAAAACGCAGACAGGGCGUAUCGCUACACGAGCCACGCCAUGCACUCCGAUACGAUCGUCUGAAAGAGAUGCUAGGCAACUACCGAAUGCCCCUGACAAACCAGCACACACUGAAGACAAAUCCAACGCCCUAGGACCCAUUGACAAAUCGAUAGAACAGCGAUGCUCACGCUUAGAUAUCGAACCAAAACCGAUUGACGGUUCUACAAAAAGUCUGACAAAAUCGCUGCCUGUUCUUCCGCGGAUAGGUGAGACCGUUGCAGCUAACGAUGUCGCUGUAUCCGCACCGAGUGGCGACGCCACAUAUUCAGACAUUGACAAUAACAAGUCGAAGCUAUUACAUUCACCCAACGAGCAGUAUUACCUUCUCAAUUCAGGGACGUAUGAAGAUUUUCAGCGAAAACACGAAGCAUCUGUCGACAAGAUACUUUUUCUACAAGCAAGGGAACAAGACAAAGACACGGCGACGCUGAUCGCGACUGGGGCCGGUGGAUGGGUGCGUGCGUGGUCUAUUGACCAUCAAGGUGGGCUCCUUGGUCAAUUCAACGCAGCGCAUGGCAAGAACGAAUCAGUACUUGCCAUGACAACCGAUGCGGCUAACAAGUUUCUGAUAACCGGAGAUACAAUGGGUUACGUCGUGGUAUGGGACAUCACUGAUUAUUGUAUCAAAGGAGACACUCGCACUAGUCAAACCGACAUGCAGAAACAGUUUCCAUACCUACAACCAGACGGCGUAAUAGGCUUUCGGGCUAAGUUACGCGCAGAAAUAAAACACCAGAAGAGUAUGCCAAAACCAGCGGCGCAAACAGACCCCGAGAGGACUUUACACGCACCCAUGAAAGUCAAUGCUUAUCGAGGUCAUUUGAAAUCUAUUACCCACAUAGAGUACGCCGAGGACAAAAAGUUAAUCCUCACAACAAGCACAGACUGUUCUGUCAGGUUGUGGACACUAUGCGGUCGUUAUAUUGGUACUUUCGGUCAAAAGGGUGGGUGGGAAAAAUUGCCGUGCCCCUUUUCUCCCGAGAAGUUACCACGGAAGUUGCCUGGUGAUGUUAGGCGCGUGGCGUCUUCAAUGACACUCAAGGUUUUUAAUGCGGGAAGUCGACCUCGAUGGAAAUUGGCACGGAAUGUACUACUGCUCUUAGGUACGCGUAACUUGUUCAAACGAAAAGAAGACAACAAACUACAUAUGGCUAAAGCCACGUCACUGGGGGAAUAUAUGUCUGAUACCGAUUCCAAUGAAGACGCCAACUCAGACACUGAAGCUGAUCGUGGUACAAGUAAAAUUCUGGGUAAAUCAUAUAAACCAAAAACCAGACACAAGAUGCCUCCGGUGUUGCCAGAAAUACGGACCAACCAAACCCAAGUGUCUGUGUACUCAUCACUGCCAUUUUCAGAACUUGACGAAAUUCCCGAAGCAAAGCUACCCGCAGUCAUUCAACAGAUUCACGCCAGACAACUAUCACUGGACAAUUAUGAGAAGGAAUCUACGAAGAAUAAACUAAAACGUCGAAUUCAGGACUACACACAAAAACAGAGAGCGACCAGACUUCUAAAUCGUGAUCAAAAAGAUCAAUAA